AUGCGAUCGGUUCUUGCGUUCUCUGCGCUAUUGCUGUCAGUGGCGGGAAUCGAUAUUCCUAGCUUUGCUCCGCCUCAGUUUCCUCCUAGCACUAUACAGAAUGAUGGGACGAAUGUCGGUCGCUAUGAUGUUCGGAAGCACAUGGCAUGGCUCGAUCCUGGUGAUGAAAAUCUUAGCAGUUACUUCUUCCUCCUCUGGGUAACCCUUACGGAUGGCCGCAAGUAUCAUGUCACGGUUGCUCCGAACCAUUUUUUCAACAUGACAACCGGCAUCUACGUGUUGAAUGACCUCCAGAACUUAGAGGCACCAGCUGUCGGAGGUACCGCUAUGGCUCCAGGCGUGGGCCGUGAUGAUCAAGUUUUCUUGCAAUCCAUCCCACAGAACUUCUCUAGUCCAGCUGGCGGAGAUAACUACACUACCCUGCAGUACUCCAGCGACUUCUCUGGAGUAAAGAUUGAUGUGACUUUUAAUCCAACCGGAAAGAAUCUCUAUGUUGGCGGCAGCGGUGGUGUUACAAUUGGUCCCUCUUCCUUCGUGAAGGACCAUGAUGAUUAUCGCCGCCUUAUUCCUGGGUAUUCUUGGUACUGGGGCAAUCCAACUAUGCGGGUUAAUGGCACGAUUGAGAUUGAUGGGCGCAGCGAAGCAAUCGACUAUGAUAACUCAUUUGCAUUCUUUGAGCGCCAGAGUGGUGUCUUCGGAAUUCCAGGAGGACACCUCGGAUUCUGGCUGUACCUUUCCAAUGGCAUCAUGAUCCAUACCUGGACCUUGGCGCCCACCACCGAUGGUACACUGAAUGAACGUGCAUGGGCGACUGUUUGGCAUCCUGAUGGCUUACACGAAGUUGUCGAGAUUGCCGGUACUUCCAGAGCGUUGGAGAAAUGGGUUAGUCCUGUAACUGGACUGAACUACUUCAGUCAGUUCCGAAUCGAUAUGCCCACUCGGAAUGCAAGCUUUCAAAUCCAGCAGUAUCCAGCCAAGGGUGAAGUCACGGCAGGAAAAGGUUAUAAGGGCUACAACAUUACUGAAGCUUAUGGCCAAGGUACCGGAACGUGGGAUGGACAAAAUGUCAGCUUUUUUGGUCACGUGGAGCAACUGUCCUUCCUUGGCGGUGGUCACUAG